UUUGCUUGUUCGUCAGUGGUGAGAGGAGAGAGCUACCAGCAGCAGUGUUUCCUCUGGAUGAGAGCAGAGAUGGCUUCAAAGACCGUUACACACCAUUUAAAAGACAUGCUGUUUAGCCUCAGUAAAAUGCAGCUGGAGGAGUUCUGCUCUGCGUUCCUGGACCGCAAGGAAGAGCCGAGGGUCAAGCGCAAAGAUCUGGAGGACAAAUCCCGUGUGGCAGUGGCAGAGCUCCUGGUUGCUACUUACACGGAGUCAGGGGCAAUACCAGUGGCUCUGGACAUCCUGAGGGAAAUUAAAUGCAACGAGCAAAGAGAGAUACUGGCAAAGGAGGCAUCUGAAGCAUCAAGCACCAAAGAGACACAAGAAGGAUCACUGCCAUUGGUUUACAGACAUUUCGACAUAAUGCUUAUGGAAACUACUGGUGCAUCCAUGGCAACAGCUCAACAGGACAAGCUGAAAUACCCAGGUAUUAAUGCCUCAAACGCCAUGGCAGAGAUUGACCUGGAGGAUAUGGAGAAAUACAAAUCCAUCAUCAAAGAGGUGGCUUGUGAUAAAAAAGUUGAUCCAGCGCUGAUUGCUGCCAUCAUCUCUCGACAAUCCAGGGCAGGAAAGACCCUGAAUAAAGGAUGGGGCUGCACUAACACCUUUGGGCUGAUGCAGAUCACUUCAGAUCGACGCGGGCACAUCGGAACAGAUUUAUGGGCCAGCAAGGAGCACAUCUGCAAAGGAACCGACAUCCUGAUUAAUUUCCUGUUACGAAUCAAGCAUGCACAUCCUGACUGGAGCAAGGAGCAGCAGUUGAAAGGAGGGAUAGCGGCCUACAGUGCAGGAGAUGGGAACAUCCACUCCUAUGAAACGGUCGACUCCAAAACCCCGAAUGGCGACUUCUCCAAUGAUGUCAUUGCCAGAGCUCAGUGGUACAAGACCGACGGUGGCUUUUAAUCCCUGAAGCUCCUUAAGAUCAUAUCAAUGAAACACUGUUGUUAUUCACACCCUUAGCCAAAUGAACACAAUGAACCAUGUUUUUAAUGAUUGCAUUAUAAAAUAAAACGUAAAAAACAGGGUGAUUCCUCUUUUAAAUCCAUAUUGAGGUAUUUUCCAUAAGUAUAACUGUUGAAUAAAAAGUGAAUGAUUGAGAACAAA